AUGGCCAUGAACUCGGCCGGCGGCGAUGACGGUGGCGGCGGCGGAUCGAAGAGGCAAAGGGUGGAUGGGCUGGAUGACCGGUGCGAGGCGGUGGGUUCGGAUGCGAUCCCGGUGGACCGCAUCUCCGCGCUCCCCGACGAGCUGCGGAUGCACAUCCUGACGCACCUCUCCCUGAAGAACGCCAUCCGCACGGGGGCGCUCGCUCGCGGGUGGCGCGACCUGUGGAAGCGCCGGUGGGCGCACUGCGCCUCCCUCGAGGUGCACCUCCGCUCCCGCAACGACCUGCGGAGGGAGCUGGACACGAUGGAGAGCGAGCCGCGGCCGCGCCGCCGCCUCGACCGCUUCUCCCUCAUCGUCCGAAUCUCCACUCUCAAGGCUUCGGAGCUCCGGCGAUUUCUCAACUACACCGCCGAGUGUGGCGUCGAGGACCUCCACGUGAAGACACUCCGCAGCACGACCGCUAGCAAGCUCAACUUCCACCUGCCGCUGUCGAGCCCGGCCCUCGCGUGCCUCUCGCUCAGCGAGAUCACCGUCUCCAUGUUCUACAAGGACACCUUGCGGCCAUUCCACGCUCUCGAGGUCAUCCGGCUCGUAUCGGUCUUUUUCCGCUGCAGAGAGGCUUUCGGAGAAAUGAUGGCUCUGUGCCCCAGCCUCCUCACUCUCGAUCUGCGGAGCUGCAAAUGUAUCGGUAACGGUUGGGAGUUCGACAGGCUACCGCCGAACCUGAGGAGUCUUACCAUCGCGGACUGUGGUAGGAUCACCAGUCUGGACUUCGUGCGUGUGCCUAGCCUACGCUCCUUCCGCUACAGUGGCUGGUUCUCCAACUUGCCUUUAUCCAUUCCACGCGAUGCUGUGCUUUCUGAUCUUUAUAUUCAGUUAUAUGACUCAGUAACGAUGAAAGAGUGGAAUAUCGAUAAGUUGAGGAAAUCUCUCCCGAAGGAUUUAUCCAGCCUCAACAUUCUCACCAUCUGUUACAAAGCCCUCAUGGGUGCAUAUUUCUCCUCAGCCGAUGGAGCCAGUGCCCAGUUGCCCAAUUUCAACUUACACAGUUUGAAAGAGCUACACCUACUCAUGUUAGGAAUGAAAGCUGUCAAUCUAUCCAGCCUGUAUCUGUUCCUGAAGACCUUCCAAUGUCCUAAUCUGGAGAGGCUUUUUGUGCAGUUCCCGGACUAUAAAUAUGUGCCCAUUGAAGGUUCUAUUGAUCAGGUGUGGGAAGAACCACCGGAAGAUGGCUUGGACAACCUUGUCAUGGUAAAGGUCAUGGGCUUCAACUGGAACCCUGAUGAGGUGCAGCUAGUGACUUUUCUGUUGAAGAAAGCUAGGUCUCUGCACAAACUGUUAAUAGUUUCUCGCAAUGUCACUCCAGUGGAUUCGCAUGGUGCACCAGAAGCAGACAUUUUGCUUCUCAAAGAAGCUUUGGUCAAUGGCAAGAUAAUGUUGAUUACAUCCGACAAUGCAGCAACUCAGCCAUAUCAUGAGGCCUAUAUCAAGCUACUAUAGUUGUCAGUCACCAGUCGAGUCAGCCCUCUGGAUAGUAAUAUCAGACUAUCUAGGCACUAUCCUUUUGGUGGUACCUCCUAUAUGUAGAUAAUAUAUGAAAAACGAUGAUUGUCUUAUAAUUUCUUUCUUCAAUAUUACUAUUAGCAAAGUUAAAAUGCAUGGUAUCCUGUAUGUGUUUUCUUUCAUGUCCUGGAACCACUUGCAUCUUGUAUUUGACAUAUUAUCCCUAUGAAUUGAAGCUGCUUUAUAUCA